CGAAAGUUCAUUCAGUGCUGGAAGACAUUCACUAGAGCUCAGUUGACGAUGGCGUCUCUGCCGAACGGUGCCAAUGCCAAUGCCAACGACAUCAUCGAACUGGAGGGUGGGAGGACACGCAGUGGCACGAGGAGAGAGCCUCCUCAUUUGGCCAGUGCGAGUGCCGUCUCUCUUUGUGCGUGCGUGUGUGUGUGUUGCAUUGUCAUGCAUUCAGAGGAGAUAGAUGAGGACUACGAGCCGUCUCAGGAGGAGAUCCUCGAGUAUGCCGAGUGGCUGGGCAUGGACAAGGAGGAGGACAAAGACCUGCUUUGGAUUGCCAAGGAGGCCCUCAAGGCGCCACUCCCGGCCGAAUGGAAGCCAUGCCAGACCAGCAAGGGCGGAGAGAUCUUCUACUUCAACUACCGAACACACGAGAGCCAGGUCAGGCAGCCCACACACAUUCACACGCGCAGCUAGUCAUGGAGACGGGCCGAUAGACACGCCCUGGAGAUUGUGUGGCUGUGCGCACGUGUGUAUCUUAUCUUGUGUGUGACGGCCUGCAGUGGGACCAUCCAUGUGACGCAUACUACCGCAAGCUGCUGCAGGACUACAAGGCCAAGAGAGCCAAAGCCAAGGGGGAGCCAGACAGGGGGGACGCGGCAACCAGGAAGAGCAAAGACAGAGACAAGGGCGACAGAAAGAAGAAGAGCAAGAAAGCCAGGCAGCAGGGCGGCAAGGAGACACCCAAAGACGCCGACAGCAGUGCGUCAGGGGCGAGCAGCGGCCGGGGCGGUGGAAAGCCGCCUCUCCCAGACCUGCGGCUACCAGUUCAGUCCAAGCAAGGCACGCUUUUCGGCAAACCUGACGACUGGCUGCUCAAGUCGUCACCCAGAGAGGAGGAAGAGACACCGGCAGACAAGAGCGCUGCGUCGAGCAAGAGGGGGAAUGCAGAGGACGAGAGGCUGGCUCGCGAGGUCCUGAAUGACAUAUUCCAGCUGGGCAGGGGCAGGGCUGAGGGCGGAAAGGGGGCGGCCUCCAAGGGGUACCGGAGAGGCAAGCCGGAGGAGACAGACUCCUGGAGCAGCUAUGAGUCGGACGAGAGCGACGAGCCGCUUCCGCCUGACGAGGACCCGGCUAGAAAGGCCAUGGCGUCAGUACCCGUCUUGCCAACAGCCAAGACGCAACACCCUGACGCCACGAAAACCCAAGGCGAUAUCGCAGGCGAGCUCAAGACGCCAAGGGGAGUCCCGCAAAUGAGCCCUCGGCCAAGGGAGAAGGAGAACGGACCCGGUGUGGACAAGGGUCUUCCCCCGAAGACCCCAAGAGAAACGAGCAAUGAGGCCUCAGUCCGUGGCAGCAGCGUCGACCCCGAGGGUGACUACGGCGUGUAUCGCGUGGCUGAGGGCAUGUCAGAGGAUCCCAUCCAGAAGGCCAUCGCACAUCUGUUCGCCUAUGAGCGGCGCAAGUCUGCCGACAGGGGCCAGGGAGUUGGGGAGCCCACCGCAUCGCACGACCAGGGGAUGCGCAGGGCGGAGCUGCCACGUCGCGACAGCGAGCCGCUGGAUGUGAUCAAAGAGGAGCCUGAGAAAGAGGAGGCCGAGGAAACCGAAGACGAGAGCGAGAGGCCACCAACAUCGACCGCCGAACCGCCAGCCAUGUUUCAGCAGGCUGUGUCCAUCGACGAGCAGCGGCCCGACGUUCCCCCUGAGUCGGCAGGCAAGCCGGUGGACAUCGCUCCCACUGUUGGUGCCCCAGUGCCUGUCGAGCAUCAUGACGAGCCACUGGUGUCUCCGCGCCACGUGUUGCAGCCAUCCGUGUCUCGGCCAGCUCUUGCCCCCUUUCGCCCGGACCUUUCCCCUUCUGGCAGCAUUCCAUUGCCCGUGCCUGAUGCCACGGCCAAGCCGGUCGGGGGGCUGGAUGUGCCACCUCCUCAACCAUCAGCGCAGAGCACCAUGGCGCCGUCAAUCUCGAGGCCAUCGACAGGUGAAAGCGAGUGGUGACCUCGUGUGUGUCCCUGCAUGCGCUCCUCAAUUGCGUGCCUGUGUGUGCAGGAAUGACAAUCGCAAUGGACGGUACAGCGCCUCCCGCCGCCCAGCCUCCUGUUCAGCUGUCUGCUCGGCGAGAGGAUCACGUGCAUGAUAAGGGCGAUGAGGGGAAGGGUUACGUGUCUCGUGAUGAGGAUGAGCCAACCAGGACCACACAGAGGGCAUGGGAGGCACCCGGGGCCAGCUCAACUGACGCAUCAGAGGUACCAAAGACAGAACCUCAUCUAUGUGGAGCAGCAAAUCAGUAUCUGCCAUCCAUCCAUUCCACGUGCAGACUUUCUUGCAGACGACCACGUCCUCCACACACACCGGCCGCGCUUCCCCCGACACCGAUGCCCCCCCUCGGGUGCCGUCCUUCCCCCUCCAUCCAUCCGUCUCCCCCACCAUACCGCCCUACCCACUGCACCCGGGCUUCCAAACCCCACGUGCACCCGAAGCCGGCACCUAUGGUCAGGGGACCACCGACACCGCUGAGUUGGUGCGGCUGGUGCAGCAGCUGCUGGGGGGCAUGGCUGGGGGGACACUGGGGGGCGGCGGUGUGGGGUGGCAGCGUGAGGUGCAGUGGUCGAUGCAGCAGAUGAGGGAGGAGAUCGUGCCCGCCGUGAGGCGACUGUCGGACAAAAUCGACGUCAACAUGAGGCUGCAGGAGGAGGUCAGACGCAGAAGGCCUUGUGUCUCAUAGGAAAUUGUGUGUGUGCAUCCGUCUUGUCAUUGUGUGCAGGUUCAUGAGUUGCGUCAGCUGGUGAGGACGCUGCGGCUGGAGUUGGAUGAGUACAAGGCGGAGACACACCUCACGCGCAUGAAAGAAAAACUCGCUAGCGUUGAGCCCGCAAGGCACCCACCACCACCACCACCACCCGCACCGGUGCCAGCUUCGGCAUCCAUGCCCGCACCAGCAGCAGGCCAAGACAGUGGACAGGUCGCGUCAGUCAAUACUACACCCCGAAAACCUCCCUCCCCUCAUUUGUGUGACAUGAUGCUCUGCUUUUUCUUGUUUGUUUUCAGCUAACCUCUGAUGUGUUCCCGACCUACCGCCUGGUCCCUGAGCUGCCAGCAGCAGAAACAUCGUCCUCACCCCAGUACAUCUUCUCGCGGUCGCCUGCGUCCCCCUCACCUCGACUGGCGGCUGUCCUGGAGACAUCGUCCACACAACCACCGCCGCCCAUGCCCACCAUGACGCGGUCAGAGGGUGACCGGCUGCUGGUCGUGCCGCCACUGCAUGUCAGCGGGCUGUCGUCCGAGAGGAGCACUGGGCGACCGCCUCUGCUGCUUGGUAAGGACGGCCACUUGGCCUUUGGAAUGCGAGCUGAUGUGCGUCUGUGUUUUGGUGUGUGUUCAGGGAGCGCCCGGGCGGCGCCAGUGAGUCAAGCAUCGGCGUACUCGUAUUCUGCGUCGCAUGUGUCGCCUCGCGAGCGGUGGGCUCUGCCCACCUACUGGGCCACACGGAGGGACAGGGGCUACACACACACUAUAGGCAAGACAACCCUCACAAGGAGAAGCCCGGCAGCAGGUGAGGCAACCACCACCAUUAAUAAAUAUCUGCAUGUACACGGCAUACACAAUCCACUCUUCUGUCUGCAGGCUACUCUCGCCCUUCGCACCAGCUGCUGAAGCCCGCCGGCUACUUGACUGAGCGGCGGACGACCGAGGAGACCCUCGAGCAGGCAGCAGCAGCCGCGGUCUCAGUGUCAACCUCUGCUCGACGAGACACCGACGAGUGCCUCAUGACGGCCGCAUCCAAGCUGGAGAGGCGCAAGAUGGAGCUGAGACAUGAGCGGGACGCCCUGAUGGCCGAUCGGUGGCGGUGGGAGAGGGACAUGGAGUCGUGCAUGGGCCGCAUGAAGGCGUCAAUGAGUGAGUCGUCUCGGCGUGAUGCCAAGGUGGAGUAUGACCUGCUGGGGGAGGUGCGGGGGGUGCUGGAGAGGAGGACUGAGCAACUCAACGAGGCCAUGAGGUCGGUGAGGGGGAGACAGGGGGAGACAGGGAGAGACAUGCAAAAGAGAAAGAUCGGCCUUUGUGUGACUAUGUGACUGUAUGAUUAUGUAGGGACGCCCGUCGUGGUGAGGAGAAGCUGAGGGAAUGGAGGGACAGGCUCGGGCAGGUCAGCACUUACUGACAAAACACAAAUCCAUUGCUGAUCUGAUCGAUCGUCAUUUUUCCGUCGGUGUGUGCAUGUGUCGUGUGUUGUGCCCGCAGCAUACGUCGAGCAGUGUUGCUGCCGCAGUCUGACGUGUCAUCAAGUAACUUGGAGCAUUUUUUGCUUUCCACCGAUCGAGCGAUGACACACAUAUACACUUGCGUGUGGUCGGCCAGACGGCCGUCUCCGUCUUCAUAAACCAGUCAUCUUUGUAUGUGCUGGCUGCACUAUCAUUUGUCUCAUCGAUUGACAUUGCGCAAAGAGACGGUCUCAGAG